GUCUUUCCUACCGUCAGUGUCGGUUUCCUUACCAAAAGUCCAGCGUUUCCACUUUCCACGAUGUUGCUUCCAUCGCUCCUCGCCCUCACAGCUCUCUUGCCUCUAGGGUCAGCAUGCCCUCAGCACCAAAACAACAAACUGUCGCCCCUCCGGAAACGCACCGCCGACCCUUCCGUAUCCAACAACUCUUCCCCAGAAUGGGCCUACGAAGCUUCGUACAACUGGCACACCAUCCACCCCUCCUACUCCCUCUGCCAAAACGGGACCCAACAAUCGCCCAUCGCCCUCUCCCUCAGCAACGGGCUCUCCCUAAACCACGCCCCCACCUUCAACUACUCUUCCCCAGUUUCCGGUAACUUCUACAACUGGGGCUACGGGCCCGCGUUUACCGUGGCGCACGACGGAGACUGGACGACGCACCCCAGCAUCAGCUACGACAAUGAGACCUUGUAUCUGAAAGGCUGGCACAUCCACGCCCCCGCCGACCACUCGGUAGGCGGCGACCGCAGCAAGGCCGAGCUGCACCUCGUGCACGUCGACUCCUCCGGUGACGAGCGCGCCGUGCUCGCCCUGCGUCUCGACCCUGGCAAUGUCGACUCGGCGUUCUUCACGCAGCUGCCUUCCUUCAUCCCGUUUACGGAGCUAGACGUCCAGGAGCCGAUUGAAAUGGAUCUCACGCCCGCAAUGGAGGAUGUGAAGUGGUUCAAUGAGUUCUGGACGUACCAGGGGAGUCUGACGAGUCCGCCGUGCACGGAGGGGAUUCGCUGGUUUGUCGCGCGGCAGAUUCUUUUUGUGGGCGUUGGCCAGAUGCAGGGCGUGCUGGGGGUGAGUGCGUAUAGUGCGAGGGCGGAGCAGGAGGUGUGGUUGCAUCGGAUUAACGAGUAGAGAAAAAUGAUGCGCGUGGGAGGAGAUGUGCUGCAAGUUGAUCUUUGAGUAGAGGAGUCAAGAUGUGAAGGGUGCGUGCGGGAGGCCUGAUCUAAUGGCCCAAUCAGCGCUGUACGAUCGACUAGGACGGAUCUGGAUGAUGUGCAGAUUCCCCAGGGAAACACCGUGUAACCUGCCUUGCAGGCGGGGUGUGCAGGAGGGCGCCGAACAGUUAGCGCUGUCAGUCACAGUUAAAAGUAGGAGCUUCAUAGGACGUCCACAAACC